AUGACUGAAUGCAUACAACAAAAAAGUCUAUAUCAUGAACGAAGUAAAAUUGAUCAAACUGGACUGUCUAUAUUAGCAAAACAGGAUAAUUUAUCUCAAUGUGAACACGUUACAACAUUACAGAACAAUAAACAUGACAGACCUCAUAUGACUUUAGCUGAAUAUGCAGAACGCAGACGUUUACGUUAUGAACUCAAUAAAACUGAUCAAUCAAUAAUAGAACAGCCAUAUAGUUUGAUUAAACGUCAAGAAUUAACAUUACUAACUGAUAAUAUACAUAGACAACGUAAACAAUGUGAUUCUAGAUUACGUAAAAGGAAUCAACAAUGUAAUUCGUUUCGACUUCAAAACUUUAUAGCAUUAUCUAAUGAUCAACAUCAAGAAAAUUUUGUUACACUAGACCGAAAUAUACAAGUGAAAGCUUUAGAUCCUAAAUGGUUUGAAAUGGAUGAAUAUAUUUCAUUAUCUACAGAACAAAAAAAUAAUUUACAUCGAUAUCUUCAGAUUGCAACAUUAUCCACUCAUAAAUAUGAAAUUCGUGCUAUUAAAAUGAUCGAAUAUAUGAAACAGAAGUUUUUCAAUAGAAGAAUACUUGGAAUACACAAAUUUAUGUCAACGUCAACUGAACAACAAGAGAGUAAACCAUUCAUUAUAUCGUCGAUUAAUAAAUCUCAGAAACCAUUUGUGCCUUUAAUUGAAUAUGCACAGUGCAGACGUCGUCAUCAUAAACAAUGUAAAACAAAAGUUUCGUUAAUAGAGCAGUCUACAGCAUUAUUUUUUGAUAAACAUCAAGAUGAAUUUGUGACAUUGGCUCGAUAUUUAGAACUGAAAGGUUUAGAUCCAGAAUCAUUUGAAAUGAAUGAAUCAGUAUCAGAACAAGAUAAUCUGCUUGAAAAUAGUCAGAAUAUAUUGUUACCUAAUAAUAAACAUGACAUUCAGAUUAUUGAAACAGUCGACUAUAUAAGACAAACACGUUCAUGUCAGAAUCUACUUGAAAAAUAUGAAUUAGGCAGCAUCAAAUCACAGCAUUCUCAACACAUGAACAAUUUAGAGUUAUUUAAUCGAAAUAACAUAUGUGUAUCGUUAUCGGAGUCAAAUGUUGAACAGUUCAUAUCAAUUAAUAUAUUAAAUACAAAACAAUAUGUUCUUACAGAUAAUCAAUAUCGAUUCGACAACAAUACAAGAAAAUCAACUCAUCGGAUAUGGCGCAUAUUUUCAAGAUCACCAUCGAUUAUUAGUUCACAGAAAAGAGCAAAGAAUAGCUUUUUGACACGAAUUAGACGUAACAUUUUGAUAUGUUUUUGUCAAGGUGAUCGCCCAAAGAUUAGUUAA